CAAACAACUUCCCAGAAGCAUUAUCAAACUGACUGUGAUAGGAUGACCUGAACUGCAGCGAAAAACAACAUGCCAUUCCUGCGAAUAGGCGCAGCCUUAACGGGCGGAGUCGCUAGGGCCGCCGCGCGUCUGCGUAACAAUAGACACGACCACGCCAAGCAGGAUGACCUCUUCUUCGCAGAGGACGAGCCUGCAGAGUCUGCAUGCAUAUCUGGACCUCCUGGUCCGAAGUGCCUAUUCGGACGGGAACGCGAACUCGCGAAUCCUCCGGAGCUCGCCCCGCCUUCGCCCGGGCAUCCGGAAGAGGCGCUGGGCGCUGCUCAGGCGGUGCAGCCGCUAGUGCAGCCGGAACUUAAUAGCUUCAACGAGGCCUUCGUGCAGGCGGUGGCGUCUUCGUCUUGCGACGACACUGCCGGACACUCAGACUUCUGCUCGGUGGGGAGCUUUGAGGCGCGGCGGAGAGCUGUCAGCGUGAAGAAGGUCCGCGACUGGGAUGUGGACUGCGCGGUGGAGCCCAGCACUCCGGGGCCAGAGCCGGAGCCGGAGCUCUCAGGUCUGCCAGGGAGUCGCGACAGCAGUUUGGGUGGAGCCGAGCCUGAGCUAACUGCGGUAGCACCGCUUGUGGUGCCCACUGGCGGUGCCGCUGCGCGGCUUGCGCAGCCCACACACCUGGCAUUAUCAACGGCGGCUCCGGCGGCGGGUGACGUGAGCGGCUCGAGCGGCAGCAGUGGUGGCGACACGGCGGCGUCUGGUGCCUCAGUUGGCCAGGUGCUAUCCUCCUCCUCCUCUGGGAGCCCCUCCAGCUCAAUCAAAGUUCCCGAUCCCGUGGUCGCAAGCACGGCCGCCGCGACCGGGUGCAAGGGCGCCAUCGAGGCGUCAAACGCUGCGGCAGGGAGCAGCAAGUCGUCUUUCAGCAAGCCGGCGCCGGGGCCAGCACCAGCAACCGCUGCAGCGGCGAUGGCUGCGUUUGUGCCGGCCUCGCCGGCGCCUGCGUCAGCCAGCCCCGUGCCGGCUGAUGGGCGGGGUGCCGGCGGUGCGGCCGGCUGCUCGCGCCUGGCGGCGGUGGGCUUUGGCGACGUGGUGGGCGCCGGGGCCGAGCCGCAGGCCGCGGUGGCGGCGGCGCUGGGCGGCCGUGCCCCUGUGCACGUGGGCUACUCGGCGCCGCACGUGGUGAAGGCGGCCGCCGCGGCGUCGUCGCGAGCUGUCGUGGCGACGGCGGCGGCCAUGGCGCGGCCGCACCCGGCGGCGCUGCCGGCGGUGCCGCCGCUGAUGAUCCUUCGUGACGCCAACGACGUGCCGCUGCCGGCGGCGCAGCAGCUGGCGGCGCGCGCCGCCUCCAUGGCCUCUCGCGGCAGCAGCGCGCGGCACAGCCUGGACGUCACCGCCGCGAGCGCGGGCGCGACGGUGGCCGACAUCUCAGCCGCCGCCGUCGCUGGCGCAGACGUCGCGGUGGAGGCCAUGGUGGUGGACAGCCCGCUGCCGCCCAGCAUCCUGGAGACGCGGCCGCCCGACGUGUCCAGCCUCUUGGCCAUCCGCAAGCAGGUGGAGGUGCUGCGCCUCAUGCACCUGCAGCGACAGGCCGCGGCGCUGCUGGCGGCGCCGGCGGCGGGGCGCGGCAGCGCCGUCGACAGCACGGCGGGGAUGAGGGCGGGGGUGCCAGCCGCUGGCGCCCCUGGCGGCACAGCCAGCGACACACGCACCACGCGGCCGCUGGACCUGACCAGUGCCGCCGCCGCGGCCGUGGCGGAGGUGCGCGCCGCUAUGGCCGCCGCAGAGGCGGCGGCGUCUGCGGGGUCUGGUGCCGCCGCCGACGGCCGGAGCUCCUCCGGCUCCGCACCCUUUACGGCGUCGUCUCAGCAGACAUCGGCAUCGCAGGUGCCCUUCAGCGCCUCGCCGCCGAGCAGUCCAGUCAUGUCGACGCCGAGCGUGACCGUGCUGGCCAGCAGCAGCCCGCCGCCGUCACUGCCGGCGUCGCCGCUGCGCCCCUCUGCCAACGGCAGCGGCCACGGACGCGGCCACACACGGCACUUCUCCAUUGACGCGUCGCCGCCGCACUCCUCGCCGAUGCAGCUGCUGCAGCAGGCGGAUCCCGGCAAGGCCGCUACGGGCGUGGGCUACUCGGUGGCAUCUGCGCAAAGCUCUGGUGCCAGAGCCGCUUCGCCGAGGCCGUCGCCGCUGCAGCCGCAGUACAACGCAACCGUUGGCGGCGGCAGCACUGCGGCGGCGGCGGCUGCCAUGGGCGGCUUGUCGGCUCUGUCUUUGUCGGCGCCGCUGCCGCUGGCGCCUUCAUCCGUGGCGAGUCCGGCGGCUGCGCCACGGGCGGCCUCGCCGCCGCCGCGGUCGCCGCUGUCUGUCAGCAGCACUGGCAUGUCCACUGCAGUGUCGCCGGCUGACAUCCAGCGGCAGCAGGCGCAGCUGAAGGUGCAGAUCGAGGCGCUGCAGCGGCAGAUCGCUCUCAAGCAGCAGGCGGCCCGGACACCGGCCGGCUCAGGGCAGCCCCCGUCGCCUCCAGCGUCGUAUUCGCAACAGCAGCAGCAGCAGUGGCAGCAGCAGUGGCAGCAGCAGUGGCAGCAGCAGUGGCAGCAGCAGAUGAUGAAUCCCAUGAUGCAGAUGAUGAAUCCCAUGAUGCCCAUGAUGACACCGCAGCAGGCGUGGCCGGCGGACGCCGCCCAGGCGACCAUCUCGCGCACGUGCAUGCCGAUGCAGCAACAGCUGGGCUCCUCCGGCCACAUGCAGGCUGCCUGCGGGCAGCACCCGGGCUCCGGCGCUGCCGCCGCCGGCGGCUCGGGCCUCGGCGGCUCCCCCUUCAGCACUGCGGCCAUGGGCGACGGCGACGUCGCUGCCGAGGGCGGCGGCGGCGAGGGCGAGCUGCUGUCGUCGCACCCCUCCUUCCGCCAGCACCUGCACGACCCGGUGCCGGUGGCGGAGGCCGCCAGGCGCACCCAAGACUGGCUUGCCAGCACCGCAGUGGGCGCACAGGACGGCGUGCCGCCGCCGCCGCCGGCCAAUGGCGGGCAUGACCCCUCCAUCUUGCCCAACGGCGGCGCCUAUGGCGGCAUUAAGUCGGCUCUGAAGCGCGACCCCUCCCUGCGCCUGAGUCCGCACCCGACCGCCUACAGCCACCCGCCCUCGGCGGCGGCGCAGCCAUGGCAGCAGCAGCAGCAGCAGCAGCAGCAGCAGCAGCAGGCUCCGCAGGAGCAGCAGCAGCCGCCCUCGCGCUCGCCCUCGCCGCCGCCGGCCAUCAGCCGCGCACCCAGCACUCGGUACACGCGGUUCGCCGACGAGCCCAACUCGCCCAACUCGCGCUCGCCCUCGCCCUCGCCUCUGGCGCGCAGCGCCAGCCAGCGCCGCAACAGCACCGGCGCCGGCGGCGAAGAGUCCUCCCCGAGCGGCACCGGCGCGUCCACCAGCCAGUCGGGCAUGGCGCGCGCGCCGUCCUUGAACCGCACGCCGUCGCUCAGCCGCACGCCCUCGCUGAUGCGGUCAAGCAGCCGGCGUGGCCCGGUGCCGCCGGAGCUCCUGGACGCCAGCAACGGCCCCGUGCCGCUGUGGCGCAUCGCCUCCUUCAAUCGGCAGCUGUCCGUGGCGCAGCCCUCCAUGGUGCGCCGCCAGCGGUCCAUCACGUCGCAGAACAGCGGUGGCGCUGGCGGCGCCGGCGACGACGGCGGGACGUCGUCGCACCGCAGCAGCUCGCGGCGGCAGCGCGAGAGCAGCAAGUCAAAGGCGCGGCGCGAGGCGGCGGCGCUGCAGGCCAAGAUGGCCAACGGGCCGCCACCCAGCCCGCUGGCGCUGAUGAGCGCGCGGAUGCUGCAAGAGGCGGGCGACAAGCUGCAGCCGGCGCCGCGCCUGCCCACCGGUCGCGCGUUCUUCGUGCCGCUGCGGCCCGACCUGCGACUGGACAUCUACGAGCAUGAGAACACCGCCAGCACCGCCAGCGGCAUGUCGCUCCCCGACAGCCGCGACCUGUAGCGGAUCAACACCACCGACAUGGGCAGCGACAGGUCGGCAGCAACAGGCUCCGCCGCCGGCGGCUGGGGCCGCUAAGGCGAGGCGGCGGGUGCUAAGCGAUUGCUGCGGCGGUCGCGAGCAGCGGUGAGCGUGGCACGCACCGGAGGGGCGGGCAGGUGUGUGUGCGGCGGCGCGGAGGAAAGGAGUGGGAGGGAGCCGCAUAAAGAAACAUUGGCAUGAACUUGUCUGCGUUCCUUGCGGGAUCGCGAGGCAACAGCUGAUUUCGUUUUGAGCUGCAUUGUGUAUGGACAGAUGAGCCUGGGAAACCACAGGGCCGAAGCAUGAGCGCGAUGGGGCAGGGUGGGGGUCGGCCCGAGUAUGACACCAAAUGUCGUGAGCUACACUGGGCGUAUGUGAGAAGUGUCUGUGCUUGCAUGACACACGGCUGGUGGCGAACAGUGUGCGAAUCCUAUAUUGAUUGCAACGCGCACAACAGAAAGACACUCGAGGCGAGUGUACAUGUUUAUUCGACACUGUGCAGAAGCGUAAGUGGGCGUCGCGUGCCGCAGUUUACUCCACAUGGAUUGUGCUGUGAGCAGCAUUUGGGUGGGAGCGGCAAGUGACCUUGAACCGUGCUGGAUGGGGGGGGGGCAAAAGGCAGCGCUGUGGUGCAACCGCUUCAGCGCGCAUCACUUUCCUACUUGGAUGCAUUGAGGCCGUACACAAUGCAAGCAAAUCGCUGCUCCGGCGUGCGCUGCAUGUGGGUCGCUGAACUUUGGUGCGAGAAUCGUGGUGGACUCGCCUGCACUUAUUAUUUGAUGCGAGCAGUCCGAAAGGGGCCCGCGAGUUGGAAUCAUCCUUCAAUUGAUUGGCCCAACAGGCCUUUGAGAGCUGCGCGGGGCGUAGCUGCGGGGGGGCAGAUUAAUCCGUAUCUGUGGCGUGAUUGGGGUGAUGGAUAACGUGACUCGUAAUUGCAUUGGUCUUGGUAUUGGCGUAAAGGGGGGGUAGUGGGGCCAGGCCCUGUGGAUUUGUGCCGGCUGUCUGGGUUGCCGGUUGCGCCGAAAGCUUGGGGUCAGGUGCACGGUUCAGCUGCCACGUUGAGGUUACUAGAGGACACGAAGGAUGCGGUGUAGCGCGGUCGCGGCGACGCGGGCUGCAUGGUCGCAUUUGAGUUUGCUGUUUGGUAUGGACGGCCAGGAUACAGCAGUAUACGAUGCAUGUAACAAGUCUGUCGC